GGGUAGCAUUUUUUUGUUGCUGGGUUUCUUUUAUUUUUUAUUUGUUUUUUCUUUUCCCACUGCAACAAACACUGACCAAGACAAGACUCAUCAAGUACAUGAAAAAAUGGCUCCAUUAAUGGCGGAUUUUCUCAGAGUUGAGGUAGGUAAACUGCAACCUUGACAUCUCUAAAGUGUGCUCCUUUUUCAAUAUUUUCACGCCAAUUUUUUUGGGCUUCAUGUCAAUGCAAAGAUAAGAGAUGGUACUUUGGUAUCAAGUAAAUAUUUUCGCACUAAAAGCCUACCAGUUUGGUUGAAAUCUGAGUCAAAUUGCGUGGAUGUUGUGUGUACAUUAUUGACUAAACUAUUAUGGGUUUCUUGUGAGUGCAAGAAAUAAUGUGCCUAUUGCUUGUUUACCGCAAUAUAUGAGUUGGGUUUGAUCUCAAAGGAAUCAAGAAAAAUUUUGUCUUGAGGUUACAUAUGGGUUAUUCUCUGUGUUUGCGAUUCAAGGUAGCUGAGAGCAGUGGUGGUAUUUAGCAUGUCUAUAUACUAAAAUGUCUUGGGUUCAAUCUCAAGUCAGGCUGAAAGAUGGUUUUCUCACCAGCCCUCCUCUCUCUCAUCCGCUCUCUUCUUCUCCUUCUUCUUCUGCUUCAUUGCCAUAUAAUGGUGAUUACCAGAAACAAUCAACACCACCAUCGUCAUCAUCAUCUGGAAGCAAAAUAAGUCCAGCAAUUCUUUUUAUCAUUGUAAUUCUAGCUGUUAUCUUUUUCAUAUCUGGUCUCCUUCACUUGCUUAUCAGAUUUGUCAUAAAGCAUAGACCUUCAUCAGCAAUUACUGAAUCCGAUAGAUACCCAGAAAUGUCUGGGUCCGAUGCUUUUCAAAGACAGUUGCAACAACUCUUUCAUCUCCAUGAUUCUGGCCUAGAUCAGGCUUUCAUAGAUGCUCUCCCUGUCUUCCUUUACAAAGAAAUUGUGGGUCUGAAAGAGCCAUUUGAUUGCGCAGUUUGCCUCUGUGAAUUUUCAGAACAAGACAAGUUGAGGUUGCUUCCCAUGUGUAGUCAUGCUUUUCAUAUUGGGUGUAUAGACACAUGGUUGCUUUCAAAUUCAACCUGCCCUCUUUGUAGAGGGAACCUUUACACACCUGGGCUUGACAUCGAAAACCCAGUUUUUUACUUUGAAGAUGGAAGGGAAGAAGAUGGGAUUUCAGGCAUUGGGGGAAGUGGGAUUCUUUCUGGUCAAAAACCUUCAGAGAACGAGAUUGUUAGUGAAAAGAGGGUAUUUUGUAUAAGACUUGGCAAAUAUAGAAGCUCAAACGAUGGAGGAGGAGGAGGAGGAGUGGAGAGAGGAGAGGAAGAGACCAGUACUAGUAGUUUGGAUGCAAGAAGAUGUUACUCUAUGGGAUCCUAUCAAUAUGUGGUUGCUGAUUCAGAGCUGCAAGUUGCCCUAUGCCCCAAUGGAGUUGGUGGUAGUAUGAGGAUUGUGAAAGGGAGAGCCGAACAAAAUGGGAAUUCUACAAUUGAUGGGGAUGGUGAGGGGAAGAAAAUUAAUAUUGGAAGUAAAGGUGAAAGCUUUUCUGUUUCUAAGAUCUGGCAAUGGUCCAAGAAGAGUAAAUUCACAAGUUCCUCAGAAACCGGUACAUCUUCUGCCACUGUGAGUUUGCCAUGGCUUGAUAGAUCUCAGGGUGCAUGAAGGUAUUCAAUGUGCUUUGUUCUUUUUUUGCAUACUCCAAUGAAUCUAUUUCUCAUAGCGUAUUCUCUCAGCUUUUUGUUGCCUUUUCUUUUAAGGGUUAAUUCCUUACCCAUAUGCUAACUUCUGUGAAUUAUGCUCAGGUUUAUUGAACUUUAUUGCAAAUGACUCUUUCUACUUUA